AUGAGAGGUUCAACAUUGCAGGAAACGAAGGCUCAGAGGAUCAAGCCACUUGAGAGUACAAAGUUCAGUAUUGAUUCGUUGCUUGGCAAUCCUGUUUUUCAUUCGAGUUGGUUUAUGCUAACUGUGGCCCUCGGGGUCAAUUUCCACGAUGUGUGGGUUGUUCGAUCCAUGAUGAUUUUGUUGAUCUUGGUGGUUUUGUCGAUCUGGGUGAUAUAUCUAAUAAACUCCCAGUACAAGCAGAGAGUGUUCGGAACUUCGCGAUUGAAGAUCAAUGACGAUGAAGUGGUGGUAAUUCUUGGGGGCUCUAGAGGAUUAGGAUGGGAAAUCGCCUCGCAGUUCCUUGAUGCUUCCUUGCUGCUGCCAACGAUAUGUAUUUUGGAUAUCCUUUCUCCUCCUCCUCCUCCUCUUCCUCCUCCUCCGCCACCAUCAUCAUCAUCAUCAUCAUCAUCAUCAUCAUCAUCAUCAUCAUCAUCAUCAUCAUUCCAAGACUCCAAGAAAUUGAAAUUCUAUCGAUGCGAUAUUUCAAAAGAACGAGCAUUAUUGGAAACCCUCAAAGACAUUGAACUUACCAUUGGCAAAAUUGUGGUACUCGUGAACAACGCGGGAGUGGCCCCCAAAUCACCCCUCCUUGAUCAACCGAUGGGGGAAAUUAGGAAAGUGUUCAAUAUAAAUUUCUUUAGUUACUUAGCCGCCACAAAAUUCAUCACAAGGUUACGUAUUACCAAUGAUGAGAAGUUAUUUGUGGUGAAUGUCGCAUCGGUGUUGGGACUUCUUGCUCCCAGUAAUUUGGCGGCGUACGCCGCUUCGAAAGCUGCCAUCAUUGCCACUCAUGAAGCGUUGUUCCAUGAGUUUCAGCAGCUCAAUAAUAAUAAUAAUAAUGAGAAUGAUAAGAUUCGACUUCUUUUGGUGAAGUUGGGUCAAUUGGAUACCCAAAUGUUUGCGGAUGUCGAUCCUCCAAGAACGUUUCUUGCCCCAGUGUUAUCACACCGAGAAAUUGCCGGGGAAAUCGUCGCAAGAAUUAUGUCGAACCACGGAGGGGAAUUGACCCUUCCAAUAUACGGAAGAAUAUUACCGAUCAUGAAAGUAUUACCGUUUUUUUUUGUUGAGGGGCUAAGAAAGUUUAGCCGAAUGGAUCAAGUGGCAACGAAAAUGAGCGGUUCGCUGGCCUGCCAAACACAGAAAGUUUCCGUAUCAUUGGAAGAAGAAGAAGAAGAAGAAGAAGAAAGUGAGUUCGAGGAUUUGGCGAAAAUGUCGGACUCUAGUCUACUGUAUGGUGAUGAUCAUUCAAGAAAGUCUUGGAAGUUGGAGCAAGAAAUUCGAUUGAUUUUGGGAACUGAGGGACUGUCUUAG